UUGGUGAUUGGUGCGCUCAGGUUGGAGAGUGAACGCCCUGCAGAUUAUGUCAGAUUGCGUGCAGAAACCAAACCAGCCCAGCCUUUGAACUUCACCGCUUUUGGCUCGUAUUCACGCUCUUCCGCUCAUUUCCAAGCCAGGUGCUUGACGACAAACCUCCGAGAGAGAGAGAGAGAGAGAGAUAGAGAGAGAGAGAGAGAGAGAGAGGGAGAGUGCGUCGCAGAGGAGAAAAAAAACACACUUUUUACGACUCCUGCAAACUGACUGCGGAACAUUGCUUUCACCUUUGUGGAUUUCUUUUACGUGUGUGCAUCUUCCAUGUCUUUUUUUGCCUCCCUGCAUCGCGCGCCGCAGGUCUGAAAGAAGGAGAGUUGUAAAACCGGACUUGAACGCAUCAGUUGUUUUUAAACUCUGGGAAGAAGAAGAAGAAGAAGAAAAAAGAAAAAUAGCAUUUUUUUGCGCUGGAUUUUAUUUUAUUUUUUUCCCAGACUCCGAACAUCUCUGACAUGACUGGUAUCUGGCAUCUAGACAGGUGAAUAGUUUCUCCCUUUCCUUCCUUCCUUCCUUUCCGAUAAGAACUUUUUUCCUCGUCGUUAUAUUGGGGAUAAAAAAACAAGUCCACUACUUUUUAAAGAUGUCAAAGCCUGCUGACCACAUCAAGAGACCCAUGAAUGCGUUCAUGGUCUGGUCCAGAGGCCAGAGGAGGAAAAUGGCACAAGAAAACCCCAAAAUGCACAACUCUGAGAUCAGCAAACGCCUGGGCGCCGAGUGGAAGCUGCUGUCCGAGUCCGAGAAGAGACCUUACAUCGACGAGGCCAAGCGGCUGCGCGCUCAGCACAUGAAGGAGCACCCCGACUACAAGUACCGACCCAGGCGCAAACCCAAGAACCUGCUGAAGAAGGACCGCUACGUGUUCCCGCUGCCUUACCUCGGAGACACCGACCACCUGAAGGGACUGUCGGUGGGGGCCGCGGACUCUCUGUUGGGUCACUCGGACAAAGCUCGCGCCUUCCUGCCGCCCACGAGCUCUCCGUACUCCUUCCUCGACCCGAGCCAGUUCAGCUCGAGCGCCAUCCAGAAGAUGACGGAGAUGCCGCACGCGUUGAGCAGCUCUUUGCCGUACGCGUCCUCGUUGGGAUACCAGAACGGUGCGUUCGGCACCCUCGGGUGCCCCAGUCAGCACACCCACACCCACCCGUCGCCCACGAACCCGGGCUACGUGGUCCCGUGUAACUGCACGGCCUGGUCCACGUCCAGUUUACAGCCCCCGGUGGCCUACAUACUUUUUCCAGGUAUGACCAAGACUGGGAUAGACCCAUAUUCAUCCGCACAUGCCGCUGCCAUGUAACCUUCAAAGACUCCUCUUUUUUUCUCGUUUUUUUUUUUUUAAUUCACUUGAAUACUGAAAUGCAUGUAAAUAUAUUACAGGACAGCGCGCGCCACCCCCAUUAAAAAAGACAUGAACAGUAUUAAACUGCCUUGGACUUAUAUGGCAACAAAAAAAAAAGAAAACAAACUUUUCCAGAAAUCCAACAAGUUUCUGACUUGAGCAAACUGGGAUUUUGGUGUAAAAGGACGGUGACCCUGUGAACUGUAAGAAAUGUAAAUGUUAUAACGUUUAUGGCAACCAGAAAAAAGGAGGCCUUUAACUUUAUUUAUUGUGUACAUUUUAAUGCUGAUAUGCUGAUUUGUGUUGAUUCUUGAUAGGGUACUCUUUUAUUUUGAAAGAAUUUGGCUUGCACAAUUAGCAUUCCUAUUUCCUGUAUAGGCCUCUUAAGUAGUCUUAACAUUUUGGCACUCGUAAUUUUAUGAUUUUUUCUGGGUCAAAAUCAGGACCUUAUAGGCUGGAUUAUAUACGGGUCAUAUUGUUUAUAUUUAUCAAAACACUGGCACAUAAAAACUAGACGAGUCUAUUUAAGAUGACAACAAGAAAGAAAACUACUCAUUUACAUCCAAAUGUUUUUAUUUUGCAUUUUUCCUGUGGUUCAGUGCUAAUAUAAUAGUCACACGCGUCAUUCUUUUUUUUUUUUGUUUUUUGUUUUUCGUUUUUUAAGGAUUAACUUCUAUUUGAAUUCCAGGAGUUAUAUGUGUAUUAUCAUCUAAGAUGGUAAUUUAAAAACCUGUCAUGUUAUGGAAAGGAUACUGUAUCUUUAGAAGGUUGAUACCUCCUGCUCUUUGUUCAAUUGCUGAGCAAAGACGUUUCGAAUAAAGACAAUCUGUCUUCAACGCUA